AUGGCUGACGGCGGGGGCGGCGGGGGCACCGGCGCGGUGGGUGGUGGCGGCUCGGGACCGGCCUCGGCGGGGGCGGCGGCUGGCGCCGGGGGGGCCGGCGGGAGCGGCGGCCCCAUCAACCCGGCCUCACUGCCCCCCGGCGACCCGCAGCUCAUCGCGCUCAUCGUGGAGCAACUCAAGAGCCGGGGUCUCUUUGACAGCUUCCGCCGGGACUGCCUGGCCGACGUGGACACCAAGCCAGCUUACCAAAACCUGAGGCAAAAAGUGGAUAAUUUUGUGUCAACACAUCUGGACAAGCAGGAAUGGAAUCCCACGAUGAACAAAAACCAGUUGCGAAAUGGUCUGAGGCAGAGUGUGGUUCAGUCAGGGAUGUUGGAAGCUGGAGUGGACAGAAUUAUUUCCCAGGUGGUGGAUCCCAAACUGAACCACAUCUUCAGACCACAGAUAGAACGAGCAAUUCAUGAGUUCCUGGCAGCCCAGAAAAAAGAAGCCGGACAUGCACCCAAAAGGGGCAGAACUGACUGGUCAGACCCAAGUCAAUAUAACUCACAGCCCAAGACUCAAUUUAGAACCCCCUGCCCUGCCACCAUGUACUUUGGCGCUUAUGUUUGUGGCUAUCUUUCUGGCAUGAGGGUUUCUGCCAAGGUUAUUUUAAUGCUGACUGACACCUCUGUCUAUUCUGGGAGGAUAUCUCUGGAGAGUAGCAGCUCACGCUCAGGUCCUGAGACCUCUGGAAUGUACUAUUGGACUAUCCACAGUACACUAGUUUUCUGGCAGAAAGGCCGUCUGUCCUUGCAGAACACAGCGGAAAUCCAGCAUUGUUUGGUCAGCGCUGGCGAUGUGGGAUGUGGCGUGUUUGAAUGUUUCGAGAACAACUCUUGUGAGAUUCGGGGCUUACAUGGAAUUUGCAUGACUUUUCUGCACAACGCUGGAAAAUUUGAUGCCCAGGGCAAGUCCUUCAUCAAAGAUGCCCUGAAGUGUAAGGCCCAUGCUCUGCGGCACAGAUUCAGCUGCAUAAGCCGGAAGUGUCCAGCCAUCAAGGAGAUGGUGUUCCAGUUACAGCGGGAAUGCUACCUCAAGCACGACCUGUGCGCUGCCGCACAGGAGAACAUCCGGGUGAUGGUGGAAAUGAUCCACUUCAAGGACUUGCUGCUGCAUGAACCCUACGUGGACCUAGUGAACCUGCUGCUGACCUGUGGGGAGGAGGUGAAGGAGGCCAUCACCCACAGCGUCCAGGCUCAGUGCGAGCAGAACUGGGGAAGCCUGUGCUCCAUCCUGAGUUUCUGCACCUCGGCCAUCCAGAGACCCCCCACGGCGCCGCCCGAGCGCCAGCUCCAGGGCGACAGGGCCAAGCUCUCCAGGGGCCAGCCCGCGGAAACGGGGCACCACCUCGCAGAGCCCAGCAGUCGGGAGACCAGCCGAGGUGCCCAGGGAGAGCGAGGUAGCAAGAGCAACCCCCGCGCCCACGCCCGGGGCAGAGCGGCCGGCCCUGGGGCCCAGGGAACUUCUGGGAGCAGCGAGUGGGAGGACGAACAGCCUGAGCAUUCCGACAUCCGGAGGUGA